ACACUGAAGCAUCAAACUGUACUGCCAGGCCUCAUGAAUUCGUUGAAGGUUUAAAUGGCAACGCUAAGCUGUGGUUUAUUAAACCCCAAAGCAAACUUAAUUCUUGUUCUGUUCAUGUGGCAGUUAUGGGAGCUAUUCUCAGGCAUAGUUCAGAUAUUCUGGGGCCACAUUCACGCCACACAUUUAUGGUGCUACAACGGCACUUUAAAAAGUAAUGGCUUCUCCUAAAGAAUUCUGGGAACUGUAGUUUGUUAAGGGUGCUGAGCGUUGGUAGGAGACUCCCCUACCCCCCCUCCUAUUGCUAUAAUUCCCAGAGUUCCCAGGGAACGGGGAUUGACUGUUAAAUCACUCUGGAAAUUAUAGCAAUAGGAGGGGAAUAGGGGAGUCUCCUACCAACUCUCGGCACCCUUAACAAACUAUAGCUGCCAUAAUUAACUUGGGGGAAGCUGAGACUGCUUAAAGUGGUAUCAUGGCACUUUAGAUGUAUGGUGCGAAUGUGGCCUGAGCUAGUUUAUUCCAAGUACUGCUACCAUCUACCACUCAUCCAUCUAACUUUUACUCAGAGUAGGUCCAUUGAAAUUAGUGGGUUUGUUAAUUUCAAAGAGUCUACUCUGAGGAGGACUAGCAUUGGACUAUCCCUGACAUCUAGAUUGUGUUCACAUUCCCACUGACUCACCAUGUUUCCAGACCUGGGUUAUUAAUCUGUUUUCCAAUGAUUUUAUCCAAACUGCAUAUGUAUCCUGUACUUUGUUAUAAAAUACAACUGUGUGUUGCAUUUUUUUUUCUCAAGCCAGCUUCACACUUACUGCAGUCUUCAAGCUGUUCCUAAUUCAUCUUCAUCGUCAAGAUAUGCACACCCGUCAAAGACCCCUGGUGUGUAGACAAAUGGGAAAAAUCUGACUCUAAUGAAGACAUGCUGAUGUGAACAGCUUGGGGGGGGGGAAUCCAGUGGGGGAAAACCUAACCCUGAAUCAAUUUCACUAUGCUCUAAGUUUUCAAUGUGAACAUGCCCCUAAUUUUCUGAAGGCUGUUCGAUCACUGGAGUCAUCUCCAUCAGCCAAAAGUGGUUGAACAUGGGUGGUUGUCCAGCUUUGUAGGAAUAUGGAACACUGUCUUAUACAGAGCCAGCCCAUUGGCUCAUCUAGCUCAAUACUGUCAACAUGGACUGGCAGUGGCUUUCAGAAUUUCAGGCAUGGUUCUCUCUUGGGCCUAUCUGAAGAUUGAACCUGCGACUAUCUGCAUAGCCCUUAGUCCCUCAUUUGCUCUUUGGGAGAAGCCCUUUACUCUCCCAGUGUUGUGAUGAGUGAUCCACGCCUGAACCAUUUCCUUUGCAAAUAGCAAGUGGCAAUAACUUGAGAAGAUCCCUCCUCUUCAGGGAGGGGGGACUUUGCGGGCGGGACCCGCUCUACGCACUGAGCAGGGGGGCCUGUUCGGCCCCCUGCCCCACCUAUCCCUCCUGCCACGCUCAGGGCCCUGGAUAGCCAAUAGGGCCAGCUGUGGGCGGGGUUACCUGUCUCAAAAGAGCGCGGCAGCCUCCAGAUCGCCCCUUUUCGCGCUGCUCCUCAACGGAUCUCCCGCCCACCCUCCCUUUAGGUCUUCCCUUAGGGUGUUCGCUUUGACUUUGCUAUGGACUUCGGUUGGUCGCCUUUGGUUGCCCAAGGGGCCUGGUAGGAGUUUUUUUUAUCCAGUUGGCUAAUUGGCACCAGCCUCUUGGUUUUUUCGCCUACCUCAUAGCAAUUCGUCACAACUUCUUCGGUAUUUGGCGGUAGGCAUUGGAAUAUGGAGUCGUCUGGUGUGUUCGAGGACUGGUUGUGGCCAUCAUCCAACCCUCCUCUUAUAGGGGUAUCCCCUUAAGGGAUCUGGCGGUCGUGGAUCCCGUCCUACGCCCUGCUGGUAGCUAGGGCCAUGGCACGACCCCCGGUGACACCAGGGGGAGCUUUCAGUUGUAUUUGCAUCAACAGGCUCCUUCCUUAGGGUGUUAACCUGAUAUGACCCCCUCGCCGAGCGGGGUGGAGUCACGCUUGCUAACGAGUCCAAUGCCUAAGCCAAUACCUCUCAAUUGCUCUAACCAAUAAAGUUGUGGCCUUAUUCUACCCAUUAACUCAAAUACCAUGUGUCACUGUGUCUUUAUUUCUUGUGGGGGGCGGGUCCUCGAACCGCAAUGGCUCUUGAGGGAUUGGGUUGGAAAACGCCUUUCCCACCAAGGAGGACAUUUCCCAAUAGCCAUGACGCAUUUGGCCCAUGGGUCAUCUCAGGAGACCUGACCCUGAAGUGCCACUGAGUUUUCAGGGAGUAGGAUCUUGGCUUCUCAAUCUUUCUCUUUUCCUUUGGAGGAGAAAAAAAGAGAGAGGCCAUUUUGCUGUCAACACUGGAUGGGAAUCUUGAAGAUGAUUUAUUUAUGCAAACUCUUCAAUGUAUAGUAAUGUGCCUUGCAGGUGUUUUUGGACUAUGACUCCUUUAAUCCCUUACCGUUUGCCUUGAUGGCUGGGGCUGAUGGGAAUUGGAGUAUAAAACAUUAGGAGAUUUGGGUGCUUGUAUAAGCAAAGAGAGAGAAGUCUCUGCUCAAAGGCGCUUGCAAUCUAAACUCUGAAAGUAACAACAAAGGAAGGGAGAGAGGCUUGAGCAGCUGAGAGACCUCAGGUUAUCGGCUGGUUAUCUUUUUGGCCCUGGGGUAACAUUUUGGACUUUAAUUAUGCCUCUUGCUUGCCUGGGUGAAGGAUCAAGAGGGGCGUGUAAGUAUGUAUAGGAACUAGCCUGCCAUACAAAUUAAAUUCAUGGCUCUCUCCCUUGUUUGCCUCUUGCUCUGCCCACCACUGGCAGGUGGCCCUCCAGAUGUUGCUGGACUACAACUCUCAUCAUCCCUGACCCUUGGCCAUGUUUGCUGGGGCUGGUGUGAGUUUUAGUUGAGCAACCUCUGGAGGUCCAUAGGUUACUCAUGUCUGGUUUAGGCAUUGUUCUCACAAGCUCAUGUCACGGUGGUGCGGGAAAUAGCUGUUGCAUUCUGGGCCUCGCCUUUGGUUUAUAUUUUUUUUUUUAAAAUAAUAAUAAUUUAGAUUCCACCCUUUUCAUCAGUGUCCCAGUGUAUAUUAUCUGUGAAGAUAUGCCAUGGGGCCAUAUCCCACAUUGCCCUGGGGCUGUGGUCACAGCACUAGUAAUGGCAGGGUGUUCUGUUUGAAAAGGGGCUCUGGCAUUGCCUCCAGGGACCUAUUUUUGCAGGGCAGAGCCUGGAAUUCCAAGCAGGCCUCAAAGCCUGUCCUAGUUGCCAUGGCAAUAGAGUGGGAUUAAAAAAAAAAAAAGGCAGAUACAUUCCGCCUUCUUCACAGCACUGACAUGACAAACCUGGCAGAAGGGCCUGGGGGCUUUGGGUAUUGCGAUCUGAACUCCCGUUUGCUCCCUUGAACAAGGCCUGAAUGUGCUCACAAAAGCUACCUCGCCAUUGUAUGGUUGGUUGGCUGGGGGUUCAACAUGACGUUGCUCCUUUGACUCCAAAAUGGAAGCACAAACACUUGAUUGGUAUAUGAUUGGUACAUGUAGAAUUCCUCCCAAUUAAUUAAUAAUAGUUGCCCGCACAAGACAGUUUAUUGGUUUCAAAGAAUUUAAUGUUGUAUACUUAGUGGCAAUAGCAUUUGCUUUGCACGCUGAAGGUCCCAGUGCGACAAUAACAGCCAUACUUCCAACAUCUCCAGACAAGGUUAGGAAUGUCCCCUGCCUGAAUGCAGGUAGGUCCUCCUUUUUCUGACAAGUGAAUGAGGCAAAAACAAUGCUUUCAAGUUUAUGAGACACUAGCAUAGAGGAAUGUAGGAAGCCGCUAACAAACUGCCGUUCCCAAUAUUAUUUGGGCUAGGGGUGUGCUUUAAAUGUGCACAGCCUUGUGUUUGUCUUGAGGGGCUGUUGUCAAUCACUAUACCUCUGUGAUUUAGACCCUUUUAAAACCAGCCACCUUUUCUCCCCAGCAACAACCAGGCCUGGAAUAUCUCCUGCCCUUUUCCAUCUCUGAGCAGCUGAAUUUCCUCUCUCCAUAGUUCUGAGUCUCUAGCACCUUGAGUUUUACUCCAGGAAUCCGGGCAGAGCUCCAGAAAGGGGCCCAUUCUCAGGCAAAGCGCAGUUGAUGCCGACCCAUUAACAGGGAGGUCAGUCGAGGGCCUUUCCACGGCCUGGCAUGUGUCCAUCAAAGCAACGGAAAGCUCUCUGGGGAUCCUGACCCACUUUCAUCCUUAACACCCACCCCUCACUUUCCUUCCUUGUAAGUGAAAUGGUGUGUAGAAAUCCAGGCCAACCCGGGGACAGGGAAGGGCUGUACACACCCUUGAAAUGAACUUCCCUCUGCUUACAUUUCCCUCCCUGUGGGACAACCAACUUGAGUUGGGAUUGGAAGGAGGCCUUAUGGAAGCAGUGGGGAGAGAGGCUGCCUUCCUCAAAGUUGAGGAAAUGGAGGUUUGAGUGGUUUCCUUAUAUAGCUAUUUGCAACAAUCCCCCUCCCCGCCAGGUAGCAGAUAAUACACCACAGAUACCACUUUAAACAGCCAUGGCUCCUAUCCCCCUCAUAGAGCUGUGAUUCUCAAAGAGUUCCCUUUGGGAAAGGAAUUGAUUGUUAAACCGUUUUGGAAUUGUAGUUCUGGGAGUCUCCCAACCACUCUCAGCACCCAUAGAUAUAUUACGUACAGCUUACAGAAUCAUUCGGUGUUAUCACAGUGGUUUAAUCCAGGCUUCCUCAACCUCGGCCCUCCAGUGUUUUGAGACUACAAUUCCCAUCAUCCCUGAACACUGGUCCUGCUAGCUAGGGAUCAUGGGAGUUGUAGGCCAAAAAACAGCUGGAGGGCCGAGGUUGAGGAAGCCUGGUUUAAUGCAUAGUUCGAAUGUGGCCAUGCUCCAGCCACACACACACAUCCAUACGUCCACACACAUCUCUGUCCCUCUUUGAAUAUUAAGAACAAAAGAAGAGCCCUGCUGGAUGAGGCCAGUGGCCCAUCUAGUCCAGCAUCCUGUUCUCAGUGGUAGCCCAGAUGCUCCAAUCAGAAGCCUGCAAGCAGGACCUGAGCCUGGCAGCAACUUUAUCCACUUGUGAUUCUCAGCAGCUGGUAUUCAGAGCAUAUGCCCAUGCUGCCCAGGACGGGCACGCUCCCGAGGGAGCAGGGCGUGCUACCAAGAGGGUCAGGGCAAGCUCCCGAGGGACGCGGGGCACAGAGGGUGCCCUCUCAGGUGUGGGAUAGCUGCUUGGGUGCGCGGAUCCCCUUGGUUUUGAGAGCUCGGGAGCGCAUCCCCCCUUGGUUUUGACAGCUUGGGAGUUGGGGGAGGCUUGGGAGUCGCAGGUGGGCGGUGUGCCGAAUGUCACCCCCCCUCAGGCAUGACACCUGGGGCGGACCACCCCCACCCCCUUCCUCCGCCACUGGAUAGAACAGCUAUCAUGGUUAGCAGCCACUGACAGCCUUGUCCUCCUCUGUAAAUUUUCAAAUCCUCCUUGGUGGUCAUUACUGCCUCUCAUGGGAGCAAAUUCCAUAUCUUAACUAUGUGCUAUGUGAAAAAGUAAGCUCCCCCCCCCACCUUGCACUUUUAAACACGUACCUCUUGCAUUUAACGCUUAUGGAGCUUUUAGCUGGAGGGUUUUGUUGUCGUGAUAAACAGCCAGGUUGCCUAGUUCCUUAGCUCCUCCCUUGCCUGACUCCACGUUCCAGGUCACGGGGAGGGACAUAUUAAGCAUGCUUCAUCCAGGUGAGGCCGUGUCCGUCAGGGAGUGUGAGUGCCGCGGUGGGGAGAUGGUGUUACUCAUUGUUUUGGAAGGAGCGAGGCAUGAAGAAUGUGAGCGAGCUUCCUCGAGGAUGGAAAAUAUUCAGGGCCAGGACUACCCCACCGAAGAGGCAGGCAUGUUCAAGAAAAGGGUCUUUCUGGAGGCGUUUCGUGAAGGGAGAGGAGACUUCGGUUUCCGUGAUGUUCCUGAGGAGCUACCAAGGCAGGAAGAAGGUCAGAUGGGCAGCUGGGAGAUGGUUGUGAGUGUGUGUUUGGUUGCUUAUGCCAACUUUUCCCUGGAAUGCUGUCUUCAGGGUGUCUGGGGCUAUAAUCCCAUCAGCCCCAGUUAGCAUAACUCAUGGCAGCUGUGGUCUCCAUGUAUCUGGAGGGCAGCAUUUUGGGGGGUGAUUUUGUAACUUGGAUUUGAGGCUCUGGGUUUGAAUCCCCAUACUGCUUAAAUCCAGUCUGAUCCUUCUGUGGAUUGUCCCAAACAGUUAUGUGAACAACUGCCGCCCACCCCCACCCCCCGGAAAUAAAAAAUGGGGAAGGAAAUUUCUGUUGGACCUCGGACAGAGCUUCCAGCUCUGCUACUCAGAAAUACCCUUAAAUGCUUUUCUAUCAGCUGUUGGGGUAGGAACUUGGGGAGGAGGCCCCUGUCCUCAGCACAAUGGUGUACAGUCCCAUCAAGUGCCCAGCUAGGGUGGAGGGGAUUAUGGUGGGAAGCUUAGCACAGAGAGCAAGAAUGGCUGAUUGGGGCUAGGGCAGGAUUGGAUCCGUUCUGCUUCUUACAUAGGUCUGGUGCCGGAAGCCCCCAAAGCCUCUAUUCUGUUUUAGGAGUUGGCUGCUAGCAGAGCUCCAGCUCUUAGUCCACCAAGAGUUUACAUUUCUCAGUGUUGACAGUGAGCAAGUGGCCAGUAAAGCAAGAUGAGCGCCACAACCCCAGAGUCAUCCGCGACUGGACUUAACGGUCAGGGGUCCCUUUACCUUUACCUUUACGGCUAGUUAGGUUUUAUCGGCCUUUCCAGUGACUUCUGUCACCCUCCCACAAGUUCUCUGGUGUUGAGUCUUGUUGUUCAAAAAAAAAAGGGUACGAUUGAGAGAUGUUCUUUUGUCUGAAACCCCCCCCCCCCGAAUUAGCGUGAAUGAGCUGAGAUCUGGACAUGGAUCUCCUCCAUGAGCAGAAAGCUGAUCAGGAUCUAGCAAUAAAUCUCUGAGUGAUUUGAAGUAGAUCAGCAAGUAUUCUGAGCAGUGCUGUUUUUCUAGAAAAAGAGGUGCCAGAACUCACCACAAACACCUCCCUUGUUCUCCGAUUAUGGCAAUGGUGCCCACCUGAGAGGUGCCAGAACUGAGUUCUGAUGAGUUCUAGUUCCGAUGUUGUUGUUGUUUAGUCGUUUAGUCAUGUCCGACUCUUCGUGACCCCAUGGACCAUAGCACGCCAGGCACUCCUGUCUUGCACUGCCUCCCGCAGUUUGGUCAAACUCAUGUUCGUAGCUUCGAGAACACUGUCCAUCUGAGAACACUAGCUCAGAUAAAAAGCCCUGAUUCUGACUAAUUUGUUUUGACCCCCUUAGACUGGUGUGGAGUGUUUUUUGUGGUUUUUUUUUGUGUGUGUAUCUAUUGUGACAUGUUAUUGGCACAAUAAUAGCACAUUAGUGGUGGGUUCGUACUGGACCAUCUACACAUCACCAUCCACUGGUUGGCGAGUGGCUGCAUCUUUAGGUGGGCAAGAGUGGCUUUUCAAACAAUAAAAACCUAUUAAGAAGACUGUGCAUGCAGCCCGGCAGGAGCUGGUUACAAAUUAUAGCCCACCCACCACCACAUUAACCUUCAUCUCAAAAAGCCACCCCAUUACAUCACAAGGGGCUUCCAUCCAUGACAUCACCCAGAGCCCACCCUAGGUCUCAGGUUUGGGCCCUGAAAUCUCACUGUCUGAAAUCUCACUUCCCCGUACAUUGAGUGUGCUAUUUCUGUCCAAAGGGGUACUCUUGAGCUAUACAGCAUAAUGAAACCAAGACAGAAAGGAUAAACUGGAACAUCUGUGGGUUUAUUGAUUCAUUUUUUUAUGUAAGAAAAUUAGGAGGAGGAAGAAAGCUUAUUUUUAGUAAAAAAAAUCAAAUCCAUUGUGGCAAUAAAAAAAACACCUUAGGAAAACUAUUAAGGAGAGGUUGCAGAGUAUUCUCAAAGGUCGCAGAAUAAUGGCAGCGUCAAGCUUUUGUUCACACAAUAAGGUUAAGGCUGAGACUAUAAUGCAGUCACAAGCCUCCCUAGAAGAUAAACAGAUCAUAUAUGCAAGGCACAGCAUAAACUUCAUGAUGCAACCUGUUAAGUUGCCAAGUAUUGUUUUGACUUUGUUUUAUAGGGCUCAAACGGAGACUGCAAAGGGUUGGCCUGGGUCAUUUGAGUGCAAAGUAUACACCAUCAUGGAGAUCUUUGGGGCCCUAGUGGGAGUCUCUAGGACAGGGGUGGGAAAUCUUGGGACUGGGGGCCCGAUGUGGCUCUCCUUGCCUCUCUAUUUGGUCCUUGGGACUCUCCCCAGGCCACACUCUUCAACAGUCCUGCUCUGCACCCUCCUUGAGUGCUUUUGGCAUGGGUGGAUUGUGUCCUUGAACCAUGACAAUACCUCUCAAUCUGCAUGGUUCAGCUGAGGAGGAACAGUGUGGUGUAGUGGUUAGAAUGUCAGAUAAGGACUUGGGAGACCAGGAUUCAAAUCCCCACUCAGACACGAAGCUCUAACCUACACACAGGGUUUUUGUGGGGCUUAAAUGAGGAGGGGGGUAGGAAAAAGUGGCACAAAGUGACAUCUCUUGGGGUCAACCCCCAGUGGCUCUAAUAGCACACAGCACAGUGUUAUGUCUGUGUGUAUGUGCUUGCCUGCCUGUCACAGAUGACGUAAGAUUCUUCUCUCCACGCCUGGAGGCCAAAGACAUUUCUCAACACCAGCUGUUCUGCUAGCAAAGGCUUUCUGGAUUUCCCAGCAAAAGGGGAGGGGGUGCCUAUGAAAACUUAACACAUUCAGCGUUCAGGGACACCUCAGGUGAAAGUCUGCUGAGUUGAACCGGUGUUAUCAGGAAGGAUGCAAAGAGAUAGAGUUUUGGCUGCAUGCUUGUCAUGCAUUUAAACUAUGCGGUUUCCCACAAAGUAUCCGGGGAACUGUAGUUUACCCCCUCAUGAAGCUGCACUCCCCAGUAACUGCAGUUCCCAGGAUCCAUCAGAUUGAAAUAAGCAAGAGUGGGACCAGCCAUUGCCUUUUGAGAUAUGAUUUAUUUAUCUAUGUGCCAUGUACCGGUAAUUGCCAAGGUGACGUCUAAACUUUGCUCGGUUAUUCUAAGAAACCAAAAGGUCAGUGGUUAAAAUCAGCGCGGUUGAUUCAGAAUGCUAUCCGACUGUAUCCAAACAUAGAUGAAAAACUGCGGCUUGAUCUCAGGAACGAUCACACAAAAGUUGGUUAAAAUCAGUGCGGUUCUGAAAGGUUCAGUCUCACAUCCUGGUUCAAAAUGGUGUCUAAUGGUUCUCUCCUCAUGUCAUCCCAUGACAACAGCCACCCUGUGAGGUAGGUUAGGAUGAGAGAGGCAGUGACUGGCCUGAGGGCACCCACUAAGCUUCGUGGGGAGGAAGAUUUGAACCCUGGUCUCUCCCAUGUCCAACUCUCCAACCACUACUACACUAUACUGGCUCUUUUUUCAGUUUGUUCCUAUCUCACCUCUGAUGCUAAACUGUACUGCAAAUGGUGUGCAGAGCAGCUGUGGAAUGGCUUCUCUGAAGCUGCCUUGAGGACCAAAUGCAGAAGCCUGGCAGGCCAGAGAUUCACCAUAGCUGAUCUACUGAUUAAAUCCAUUAAAGCCUAGAAGCCUAGUCAUUAGAGGUGUUAAGCGAGGAAUUUAGCUGCUGGCUGUGCUCUCCAAAUCAGCAUCUUUACAGCCUCCUAGAGAUUCCCUACCACCACCUGCAAACCAACUGAUCUUAUUGUGCACAAGGGGGCCCUAUCCUGCAUCAUAGUGUGCUCCAUCAGCACAGCAACUUUGCAUGUGGCUGUCUCCAUGGAGACAGUACGUGGUACUCGCCUGGCGGAUGGAGGGGAACUGGGGAAACCCAAAGCCGUCUGCUUUUUUUUCUUUCUUUCCUGGAGCUGAAGCAGCAGCAGCCAUGUCUGUAAGAGAUUUUGGCGCUUGUUGGCUUUGGGUGGGGGUGGGUAAAAAGCCCCCCCCCUCCAGCAAGUGCUAAUCAUGCUUCUGAAUCCCUGAGAAAAACCUAAUGUGUUUCCCCCCCUUCUUUAAUGCUCGUUAUCUGUUUGUUUUGCAUUGCUAAUUGAUGUCUGUACCUAUUAAGAGGCCAGCCAGCAUUGUGUAAGGUCUUGAUUGCAGAUUAAUUUUGCAUGCAUAUUCUGGACAGCAUGGCAGUAUUCCAUUGGGGAUUACGACUUGGAGUGGACUAGCAGAUCUGUCUGGUUUCACACUCACCCUCCACCCCCAUCCUCUGCCCUUGAGACAGGCCCAGUUCACACACAAAUUGCACAUCACUCAGCAACCUACUGACUUGUUGAGAGUGUGAAUGGUCUCCCACUUUUGUGGGACAUCCAAAACUUCACCCAUUGUCAUAUGAUCAUAGGAUUGUAGGAUUUGCAGGGACCAUCAAGACCACCCCUAUGCAAUUCAGGAAUCACAGGUAAAGACUCCCUGAAAGAUGGACAUCUAACCUCUGUUUCAUAGCCUCCAAUGAAGAAGAGUCCACUGCCUUCCGAGAAAGUCUGUUCCACUGUGGAAAUUGUCUUGCCACCAGAAAGCUCUUCCUAAUGUUUAGUUGGAAUCUCUUGUCAUUUGAAUCUCUUGGUUCAGCUGGAACCUCUGGUAGCUGUGGGACCACCAGAGAGAAGGACCUCUCCCUUGUUGGCCACCCAACCACACCAAACUAGGGGAUGGGCACACUGGGAGACCGUCUGAAAUAGAACUUAAGGUGCAAGCAGGAUGGUGUGGGAGCAGGUGCUCUCUGUGAUUGUUGGUGCCCGUUGCGGGGGAGGUAGGGCAGAAGGAACGGAGCCCAACAGUAGGUGACACCAGAGACAAUGGCAGGCAGAGCCAACUACCAGUAAUUCUAGUUUUCUUCCCAUCCUCUUUCCUGCUGAGAGUGGACUGGUUGUAAGUAAGAAAGUAAAAAAGCAGGCAGGUGGGGGCUGGCUGAGGGCAGACUAAGGUUGGUGGGGCAGUUCCCUCAUUUGUCCUAAUGGACCAGCCUCCACACCAAUGAAUGGCUUGGGCCCAUUAAUAUAUACAAAAGGUUUGUUGCUAACCAAACUGUUUACUAUGCAGAACAGUGGUUAUAACAGAAUAGUGACUGAGUGGAUUCUGUGCCCAACUACAUCUUUUUAUAGCAUGUUCAGGUCAGACAACGAAAAACAAAAGACACUGCUUGGCUCCUUGUCAGGAUUAUGUUCUUUCCCCUUCCCACUGACCCACCUUGGAAGGAGGAUGCUUAGGGCCCCCAGACAAUUCAAAAGGGGUGGGGAUUUCCUCAAAACAAGUGCCCCUUGUUGCUUUUGGCCAAGUUUGUUUCCAUGGCCCCCUUGCUUAAAAAACCUUUUGAUUCUGCCCUCUGACAUGAGAGUAUGUAACAGGGAGAGGAAACAGCCUGUGGAUCAUAACAAUGCAUUUGUUGACGGAAAUCCGGCAACAUUCUCAUUGAGACUGCAGUCCUAUAUAACCACUUUACCUGGGAGUUAGUCCCACUGAAACACAAUAGGAAUCACUUAUGAGCAAACAAAUUGCACUUUCAAGUUGUGGGGAGGCAUAAUCAGUACAGUAGUUGGGAUCAGAAUUCCCGUUCUGGAACAUGCACCAGGCAAGUCAUUCUCUCAGCCUCAGUUUCCCAGCUGGGAAAUGGGCAUGCCAAUUACCUAUUGUGGUCUAGUGGUUAGAAAGCAGCUGAGUCUGUAGUGGAUAAUAUCGAGUACGAAUAUUGAGAAUCGCGAGUGGGGUGAGUGCUGUUGCACUUGGCUCCUGCUGGUUGGUCACUGCGAGGGCAGGAUGCUAUGCUCUGAGCUUCUGGCUCAAUCCAGAAAGGAAAUUAUUAUGUUCUAUUUCCUCUGUAGACCAAGGUUCUGCUUGCAGUCUUCUCAUUGGGGGCACCUGGUUGGCUAGUGUAAGAACAGGGUGCUGGACUAGGUAGCCCAUUGGCCUGAUCCAGCAGCCAGGCUGGUCUUCUUGUGUUUAUGGUUAAUGGUCUUGGGUGAUGGGAGUUGUAGCUAAGGGUGGACAAAUAUGUCAAUUUCAGCUUCUCCUUUUUGCAAUCUUAAGCUGAGAUCUCCACAUUUUUGCAUCAGUUUGUGACAUAGCUGCCAAGUUUUCCCUUUUCUCGUGAGGAAGCCUAUUCAGCAUAAUGGAAAAUCCCUUUAAAAAAGGGUUAACUUGGCAGCUAUGGUUUGUGAAGUCAUUAUUUUCUAAAACUGUCAGCAUUUCAGUGCAAUUUCUCCUAAUAAACAUGUUGCAAGUGAUUUCUCCUAAUGCAGCUGGUGUGUAGGGACCCAUUAGUGAGUCAUAGCCUGAUCCAAGGUUGGGCACAGCAGGAGUAUUACCACCGUGCAAAUAUAUGGUGGAAGAUUAAUAAAUGGGUCUCCAAAUACAUGUUUAGUUAGAAGUGGGUCUUAGGUCUGAAAAGACUGAAGACUGCUGCCUUAAUAUACUGCAUUUUAGAUGUUAUUUUAACUAAUAUAAUCAAUUCUAUGACUUUCCCCUAAGAUGAGGCAUUUUUGUACACAUUCUUCAGUUGGCAAACCACACUGCAAAAUUUGGAAGAGUGUGAAUUUUGAAGGGUUGCUGAGGUUUGGUUUGGUUUGCAUAUUAUUUGAGAAACUGUGAAUCCUUGUAGCUUCUCAUUAAAAUUCAAACUGAACUGAAUGUAUCCCUAGUCAUAAUCUGGCAACAUCUGGAGGGCGAUCAGUGCUUUCAUCCCUGCUUGAGACUGAAUGAUGAAGGCUUCUGUGCCAUUUGCAAAUGAAGUGCAUGUUUACAAAACUGGGUGCAAAUAAAACGUAUCUUUUUUUUGGUGGACAAUGCACCGUAUUCGGGAAUCUCCCUGGCCUUGAACAGGUAUGAAUUAUUCAAUCUUCUCCUCUCCCCGCUCACCAUGGUGCCCUUGGGAUCUAAGGAUGUGAUCCUUUGGAAAACAAUAAAAGGAUGCACUGCAGAGAAUGGAGGGGGCCGCGGGUGAUGGUGGCUGCGUCGACCACCCCUCCCCUCGACCCCCUUUCCAGCUCUCCUGCUUUUGCCUGCAACGGAGGACUGCGGGGAAACCGCUGGGUCUGUUGCCGCAGACUUCCAACAGCCAACUGGAGGCGGGGGGGGGGAGAGAGACCCAAACCUGUUGUGCCUUUGGAGGCAGACAUUGCAACGUCUUGGUAGAUGAGUCCAGGGAGCUGCAUGCAGUAGGCGCUUGAGUGGUAGCAAAGCGAAGGGACGGCAGGGGCAGCCAGGAAGUGGGUGUGAGACGAAAGGGGAGCACCCUACAUGCUUUGCCCAGAGAGGGCUCUCUCUCUCUGUUUGUGUGUGUGUGUGUGUGUGUGUGUGUGUCUUUGCGCCUGGACACGCACAAGGAAACCUCUCCCUGCUGACUCCCCUUUGAUUUGCCAAGGAGAGAAAAUAAGAGGAAACCUUCGCUUGCAGCAGUUACAGACACAGCAUCUCGUUGAUGAAGAUGCUUCCACGGCAUUAAGGGUAUGAGCUGUAGGGACCUGGAGGACUUUGGCUGGAGAAAAGCCAGAACUCUGGGAGGUGGACAGGAGGAGAGGAGGAGAGUCUCCCACCCUGCUGGAAGAUGGAGGCCAAACCUUUGUUCAAUAUGCAGAAGGCGCUCGUGCAGCCCUUCCAGAUGUGCAUGCUGGAUAUUCCUCUGAGCGUGCAGGACGACGACAGCUCCACUCAGGAGAUCGGAGAAGAGGUGGAAGAUGGCGUGAUCUAUAGCAUUUCGCUUCGGAAAGUCCAGCUCCACCACACAGCCAACAAGGGGCAACGAUGGCUAGGGUUUGAGAACGAGUCGGCCUUAAACCUGUACGAGACUUGUAAGGUGCGGACCAUCAAAGCCGGGACCCUGGAAAAGCUGGUGCAAUACCUCGUCUCUGCAUUCAAAGGCAAUGAUUCCACCUACGUCACCAUCUUCCUCUGUACAUACCGUGCCUUUGCCACGACCAAGCAGGUCCUGGACCUCCUUCUGAACAGAUAUGGCAAACUGCAUCUCCAGGUCAACGGAGACCACCCCAGGCAUGCAGUGGACGAGAGGCUGGAGCUGAAAAACACCAUCUCGUCCAUCCUGGGUGCCUGGCUGGAUCAGUACUCCGAAGACUUCCGCAAGCCUCCGGACUACGCCUGCCUGAAGCAGCUGAUAAUUUAUGUGCGGCUCAACAUCCCAGGCUCAGACCUGGAGCGAAGAGCCCGCAUCCUCUUCACGCAGUUCCAGCAGCAGGAGCGGGCCGAGGUGGAGGCGGAAGCUGUGGACCAUGCCAGCUGCACCCUGCGGCUAGAAGAGGAGAAUGGGCUAGGAGAAGGCAAGCUAGAUUUCCUCUCUUUCUCGCCGGAGAUGGUGGCCGAACAAUUCACACUAAUGGAUGCCGAGCUUUUCAAAAAGGUGGUUCCCUAUCAUUGCCUUGGUUGUAUCUGGUCCCAGCGGGACAAGAAAGGCAAGGAGCACUUGGCCCCCACCAUCCGGGCGACCGUCUCCCAGUUUAACCGUGUCACUAACUGCAUCAUUUCAACUUGCCUUGGGGACCGGGCCCUGAAGCCACAGCAAAGAGCCAAGGUGGUGGAUCACUGGAUUCAAGUAGCUCGGGAAUGCCGGAUCCUAAAGAAUUUCUCUUCCCUCCGGGCCAUUCUCUCCGCCCUGCAAUGCAACGCUGUUCACAGGUUGAAGAAGACAUGGGAUGAGGUCUCCCGAGAAAGCUUCCGCACUUUCCACGAGCUGUCAGAAAUCUUCUCAGAUGAGAACAACCAUUCGUUGAGUCGGGAGCUUCUCAUUAAGGAGGGGACCUCCAAGUUCGCCACCCUAGAGAUUAACCCAAAGAGGGCUCAGAAACGGCAACAGCAGCAGCGGGAGAUGGGCGUGAUGCAAGGCACCAUCCCUUACCUGGGCACCUUUCUCACUGACUUAGUGAUGUUGGACACAGCCAUGAAGGACUAUGUGGAUGCUGGCCUGAUCAACUUUGAGAAAAGGAGGAAGGAGUUUGAAGUCAUCGCCCAAAUCAAACUGCUCCAGUCAGCCUGCAAUAACUACAACUUCACGCAGGAAGAUCGCUUUGUGGUCUGGUUCCAUAGCAUCGAGCGGCUCAGUGAGGCAGAGAGCUACGGCCUUUCCUGUGAGAUUGAGCCCCUGUCGGAGUCAGCCAGUAACACCCUGAAGGCGAAGAAAAACACAGGGAUCAUCAAGCGCUGGAGCGACCGUCAGGCCCCCAGCACCGAAUCCUCCUGUGCCAGCGGCAGCUCCCACUCCAAGUCCUUUGACCAGCUGAAGUGCGGUCCCUACCUGGGCAGUGGGGACAUGGCAGACUCGGUCAGUGUCACGUCUGCCGGCUCCAGCAGCUCCGACGUGGAAGAGAUCAAUAUCAGCUUCAUCCCCGACUCUCCUGAGGGUCAAGAAAAGAAGUGUUACCUUCCCGUCCUGGACGCCCAGACGUUCAACUCUGCUUCUGGCCAGGAGGGGGUGCCCCUGAGCACUGCCUGUAGUAGAAAGUUCUGGGAAUCCACCUCGCUUUCCUCCCUGGACACCUCGGGAAUCGGCUCGAGUUCGAGCAGCGCCUCCUCCUCCUCUGUCUCCUCCACACCAGUGACGGCCUCCCGCACCCACAAGCGCUCUGUCUCAGGCAUCUCCAGCUACUCCUCUCUCUCCUUGCCCCUCUACAACCAGCAAAUUGAUGACUGUUGCAUCAUUCGGGUCAGCUUAGCCGUGGAGAAUGGAAACAUGUACAAGAGCAUUCUGGUCACCAGCCAGGACAAGACCCCAGUUGUGAUCCGUAAAGCCAUGGCCAAACACAAUCUGGAUGGGGACCGGCCGGAGGACUAUGAGCUCAUUCAGAUCAUCUCAGAAGAAAGAGAACUGAAAAUCCCGGACAACGCCAAUGUCUUCUACGCCAUGAACUCUGCUGCCAACUACGACUUUGUGCUCAAGAAGAGAGGCUUCUCCAAGGCCGUCAAGAUCAAGCAUGGAUCGAGCUCCACGCUGCCACGGAUGAAGCAGAAAGGCCUCAAAAUUGCCAAAGGCAUCUUCUAACCCCUGGAGCAGAGGGUCGCCUGCCCCACCCACGGGCUUUGCCCCCUGACCAACUCAGUGCUGUUCCACUCUUGGCUACCAGUCUGUCUUAAAUGCCAUUGGGGUUGGGGGCAGGUGUGAGAGAGAUGAUGUGAUUGAUCUCCCCCACCCCGGCAGCCUUGACCCUUUUCUCAUCUUGCCAAGGAGAUGCCCCAGCCGAAACCCUGGAAAUGGGAAGCGGGAUCCCUUAGUAGCAACGCCGCUCCUGCACAUUGCUCUUCGCGCUUUCUCUCUCUGUUGGCAGCAGCUGGCGCUUGCCUUUAAAUCAGGUCUGCAUCUCGCCUUUUUUAAAAAACAACAACAACGAGGAGGACAUAUUUCCCAUUUAAAAACAACAACAACAACACCUUUCCAUGGUGCAAGCCAAGCAUAUGUGGCUGCCUGAAGCCAUAGCCUGCCUUAGGUGUCUACACCAAUCAGCGUGGUGCUACUAAGGGGGGCCUGGUUUCUCCAUUCUCUGCUAAGAAGCACCCAAGCAGAGGCUGGGGACUGGGAGUUCAGGGGAUUGGGGGCGAGCCCAUGUGUGGGACAAUGACUGUCUUCAUCUUCCAUGCUCCUGGAUACGGUUCCUUCUUGGUUGUCCUGGUCAAGCGAACUCACUGCCUGGAAUUGGUCCAGAAAUGCACUUUUUUGUCCUUAACAGGAGUCUGAAACUUUCCCCCACCGCUGCCUGUCCACAUGGAGGGCCUUGUGGAUUAAAGGCCACCAGCGAAGGUGGAUCCUGUGCCAGAAUAGGGUCAUCCCACUCAAGACUUUUUUUGAACUUUUCCAAACUCCUCCCCUUCCCCCUUUCUAUUAAGAGCCUCCACCAAAGAUCAAAAAUGGCAAGCGUGUUUCUAUGACAAAACGCCUCCGCUUGCCAACAGAGGCAGGAGUUGAAGGAAGUUGGUUUCUGUACAAAACACACUGUAAAUAAGGACUUUGGGUGGAGAGAAGGAAGAGGUGGGAGGAGGGCUAAGUGAUUUGCUCUAAAGGGUUGCAAUGAAACUGCCCACCUCCCUUCUCCCUCUUGGGAAGUGCCACUCCAGUUUUUUUUCCUUGUGUGUGUUUUAAUGGACUAAGAACCUUUGACAGUGAAGUAGGGUCUGUGGACUAUUGUCUGAUGUGAUCAGAUAUUUUGUUUUUUGUUUUUGUAAAGAGAAUCUCAAAAUGAAUUUACUAAUGUUCCACCCCACCCCACCCCACCCCCAAUAUUUAUUGCUUGUGUAAAUAGAAUGGUUGGAUUUGUACAUUUUACUAACACUGUUUAAAUAUC